GGAAUAAAAGCCCCUCUUCACCAGAGUCAAUUGAAGCAAGGCAGCUCACCCUGAGUUACACACUUUCCUCGAGUUGCAAAAAAAAGAAUGGCGACAGCCAGCAGCCCGCGUAGAUUCCUCAUCACCGGUGGGAAUGGCUUCAUUGGUUCCCAUGUGGGGAAGGCAUUAUUUGAGAGGGGCCACUAUGUUCGCAUCGCAGAUAUCAAGCCGACUUCUUAUUUCAAAGAGUGCAUCUCGAAUGAGGUUCUCGUUGGAAACCUCUGCGAUAUGUCAUUCUGUGAAAAUGCUGUUCGGGGCAUGGACACGAUCCUGCACUUUGCCGCGACAAUGGGUGGCAUGGGUGCGAUCCAUGAAGCGAACGACUUCAUCAUAUACAAGGACAAUUCAACAAUGACAUUCAACCUCGUACAUGCAGCUGUAUGCCGGGGUGUUCGGCGUUUCUUCUAUGCAUCUUCCGCCUGCGUGUAUCCAACAUCCUUGCAGCACCAUGCCAUGCCAACCCCCGUAUCUCUCCGCGAGCAGGACGUGUGGUCUUCUGGCGCCCCAAACCCACAGGGCCUCUACGGUCUUGAAAAGCUACACUCCGAGCUACUUUUGAUACAGUUUGCCACAAAGAUGGAGAUACGCAUUGCUCGGUUUCAUAAUGUCUUUGGCCCACGUGGCACAUGGUUUGGCGGGCAUGAAAAGGCGCCCGCUGCACAGCUGAGAAAGGCUCUCGCCGUACACAUGGAGCCCAACGCUCAGCAUGAAAUCGAGAUUUGGGGAGACGGAAAACAACUGCGGAGCUUCCUCUACAUCAACGAUUGUGUGGAAGCCAUUCUCCUUCUCAUCGAGUCCAACUGCAGUGAACCAAUUAACAUUGGAUCUGACUGCUCCGUGGCUAUCGAGGAUCUCACGAAGAUUGCAGUGCAAUCUGUCGGCAUGAACAUAGGAGAUGUCCCUUUCAGAUACAUGAAGGAUUCUCGUCCGAUCGGAGUCCAUGCCCGCAACUCAAACAACGACUUCGUUGUGGAGACAUUGGGAUGGACUCCGCAGGUGACCCUCGAGGCCGGUAUGAUGAAGACUGCUGAAUGGAUCAGAGGAGAAAUGGAAAACAUGCUCAUCGGCAAGGACAGGGCCAGCCGGACCUCACUGUUGCGCAGUCUUAAAACAAGCGAGGUCGUAUACUUGAAUAAACCCAUCAUCACAUUCGCUAUCUUACUUCCCAUCACCUCCCGUGGUCUCGAGGCGCCCGAAAAGAGCCUCGACAACCUUCGAAUCUUUGCACAGUCCCUUGCCCGCACUACAUGGCGUGACACGCGCGAGCUUGGCGUUGUCCGUUUUCAGGUGAAGAUAUACCUAGGAAUCGAUCAGGACGACGAGUAUCUCCAGCGCCCUGCGAAGAAUGACGAGAAGUCAAAUAUCACCGAAUCAGUCUUAUUAGAAGAGGGGAUCGUGAAUGUCUCGACCGAGAUUUGCGAUGUACCACGCGGUCAUGUCUGCGCCAUAUGGCGCCAGUGUGCACACCGCGCUUGGAAGGAAGAGGCCGACUAUCUUGUGCUAAUGGGCGAUGACGUGGUUCUACUCGAUGAAGGCUGGAUGAGAGAGAUCCACAAACAGUUUUUGUUGAUUUCACAGCGUGAAAAUGUUCCUCAGGGUAUGGGAUGCAUCACAUUCACAGAUGUGACUUUCCCCGGCAUGCCCACGUUCCCUGUUAUUCACCGCACUCAUAUGAACGUCUUCGAUGGCCAAGUCAUACCCGACAUUUUCAUUAACCAAGACGGCGACCCUUUCCUCUUCCAGCUGUACCGCAAAUGGGGCUGCUCCGAAAUGAUUCCAUCAAGAAUUUCCAAUGGCGUUGGUGGAAGCUUACCUGCACGCUACACCCAGAAACAUGCAGACGGAUGGACGUUCGGUCCACUCCAAAAUGCAGCAUCAGCACUGGAGGCAUGGUUGGCGACGUCUGUCCCGACCGCUGCUCGCAAAAUGACUCUGGAUGUUAUCAUUCCCAGCUACCGGGUUCAGCUCCCUUUCCUUGAUCCCAUCAUCGACCUAAAACCUUCGUCAAAUUGUGAAGUCAUGUUUAUCAUCAUCAUUGACAACCCACGCUCUCCGAGCAUUACCGAGCUGGAAGCGAAGUAUGCUCAUCGCCCAGAUGUCCGCAUCCGCGUCAAUGAAAGGAACCUUGGCGCUUCGGCGUCACGAAACAGAGGCAUGAAGGAAUCUGCCGCGGAAUGGAUUCUAUUUCUUGACGACGACGUAACACCACGAGCUGACAUUCUGAUCGAAACUGAGAAAGUCAUUCGUACGAAUCCACAGGCUGCUGGUUUCAUUGGAAACAUCGAUUUCCCUGUUGCCAACACUAUUUUCACCAAUGCCGUUCACCUUGCCGGCGUGACUUUCUUCUGGGACAUUGCCGCGAAGAUGCCACGGGAUGAGAGUGACAUGCCUUGGGGAGUAACGGCAAACCUCAUCGCCCGCCAUGUUCAGGAUUGUGUAGAGUUUGACUUGCAAUUCCCGAAAACAGGUGGAGGAGAAGAUAUCGACUUUUGUCGGAAGAAGCGCGACUUUUCCGUUGCCCAUGGGGGGAAAGGGUUCUAUCCUGCUCCUCAUGUCGCCGCAACUCACCCUUGGUGGAACGAGGGUCAAAGAUCGUACUGGCGUUUUUACAUGUGGUCCAAAGGCGAUGGGGGGCUCAUAAAGCUCUACCCAAAUCUGACUUAUCUAGAUCACUCCCCAAACAGCGCAGAGCUAUUCCUGAUCAGCGCGUCAUUGGCGAUCUUAGGUGCAUUCACGUACUUUUCCACACGGAGCACCACCAUGCUCAAUGUUGCAAUGAGCCUCGCAAUGGCGACGGCCAUUGCAAACAUCGCGCAUGAUGUGUACCGUCAUUUGUGGAGAGAUGCGGAUCGCACAAAAGCUCUCAAGUCUUCUCUGAGAGGACUGGGAUGGGCUGCCGCAGUCGCCGAAAGUGCGCUGAUCAGGAUGGCGAGCGAGGGUGGGAGGUUGAUUGGCCUACUUGAGCGGGGAGAAAUUUUACUCAUCGGGCGAAGGUUUGACUGGUUCACUGGAAGGGCAGGAGAUGGUCCGAUGAACGAGGAAAGAAUGAAUGGACGACAGAGAAUGACGCUGGCGGCUCUCAUCGCUGGUGUAUUAUAUUUCAAGUUUUCCUACUAG